UUCCUCUGCUUUUCUUUUCCAGGUGCGGAGGAUGUGUUCAGGUUUACGGGAAACGAGACGCACACAGACUACUUUCGGCUGGUGCUCAGGGACGGGAACUAUCUUCUGGUCGGCGGAAGAAAUCUCGUGCACAAUCUCAGCCUCACCGACCUGACGGAGCAGCAGAGGCUGACCUGGUACUCGACGGAGAACGACGUGAAGAUGUGCGUCGUCAAGGGCACGCCCGAGGAGAACUGCCAAAAUUACAUUCGCAUCCUGGUGAAGACCGGGCCGAACAAUCUCUUCGUGUGCGCCACCAACGCCUUCAAGCCCAUGUGCCGCGAUUACACGGUGCACGCGGGCAACUACACGAUCGUGAAGGAGAAGGGCGGCCAGGCGAGAUGUCCGUACGAUCCGCAGCACAACAGCACCUUCGUCUACGUCGACGGUGAACUCUACACCGGCACGGUCGCCGAUUUCGCGGGCAUGGACCCAAUAAUCUACAGAGAGCCCCUGCAAACCGAGCAGUACGACUCGAUGAGUCUGAACGCACCGAACUUCGUGAGCUCCAUGUCCCAAGGAGACUUCGUCUACUUCUUCUUCAGGGAGACCGCUGUAGAAUAUAUCAAUUGCGGCAAGGCCGUCUACUCUCGCGUGGCGCGAGUCUGUAAAUACGAUCGGGGCGGACCGCAUCGUUUCCGUAACAGGUGGACGUCCUUCUUGAAGUCGCGUCUCAAUUGCUCCGUCACCGGAGACUUCCCAUUCUACUUUAACGAGAUACAGUCAACGACCGAGCUGAUAUCGGGUCAGUACGGCGGCACGUCCGCCCAGCUUAUUUACGGCACCUUCACAACGCCGGUGAACAGCAUAAGCGGUUCGGCGGUGUGCGCGUUCUCGUUGCAGGACAUCGCCGACACCUUCGCCGGUAAUUUCAAGGAGCAAAGCGCCCUGAACUCCAACUGGCUGCCGGUGCAGGAUACGAAGGUCCCGGACCCGCGACCCGGUCAAUGCACCAACGAUUCGCGUACACUGCCGGAUCUGACGCUCAACUUUAUCAACACGCACUCGCUGAUGGAUGAGUCGGUGCCGAGCUUUUUCGGCCAGCCGAUCGUUAUACGCACCAGUUUUCAUUACAGAUUCACUCAGAUCGCCGUGGAUCCUCAAGUGAAGACACCGGGCGGCAAAACCUACGACGUCCUUUUCAUCGGCACGGACAACGGCAAAGUGAUCAAGGCGGUGAACGCCGAGUCCGCCGAUUCUCAUCAGAAGGUCAGUCCAGUCGUGAUCGAGGAGAUACAGGCGUUCCCGCCGACCGUACCCGUUCGCGGCAUCAAGGUCGUCCGAGCCUCGCAGGCGGGCGACGGUCUCGAGGACGGCCGGUUGGUCGUCAUCGCCGACAGUCAGGUGCAGGCUCUGAGACUCCAUCGUUGCUAUAGCGACAGAAUACUGUCGUGCAGCGAGUGCGUGGCCCUGCAGGACCCGUACUGCGCCUGGGACAAGGUGGAGAACAAGUGCAGGGCGUUGGUCGGCCCGGCGGCGACGGACGCCAGCAGAUUCCUGCAGAGCGUCGCGACCGGCAUACACGCGUCCUGCCCGGCGAGCAAGAGCCUUAACAAGGAUGCCGGCAGCGUCGGCGCUAUUUCCGCUAAUCAGAACAAGUUCCCGCAAGACUCCAUACCGAAUAAGGACAGCCCGGGUGGUGAAAUCAUCAAUAUCAUGCAAGACGAGGAACAGGACAAUUCAGGUCCGGAAGUAUCCGCGGCCGACACACCUCCUCCACAGUACUCCGUGGAAACUCUGGUGAUGGCUGUGGUAGCGGGUGCAUUGGCCGCGUUAUUCGUUGGCUUCGUAGCCGGUUAUCUAUGCGGCAGAAAAUGCAGGAAAGACGAGGACGACAAUCUACCGUAUCCGGAUACGGAAUACGAAUAUUUCGAGCAACGCCAGAAUGUCAACAGUAAUGUUUGCCUAUCCACAUUCAGCAGGUUGGCACCUGAACCGAAGUUGCUGCCGCAGGAGGAGGUAACCUACGCGGAACCUGUACUGGUUCCGCAACCGCCGAAACUUCAGUCCCCGAAAGGUACCAUGAGGAAACCACCGCCAACGCCCACGGAAACCCUCUUUCAAUUCCCGGACGGUUACGGUUUUCGCGGGGGUCCUCGCGGCGACAACUUCGGCACCCUUCGCUCCCAUCAGGGGGACGCGUAUCGCCGCAACGACGGCUUUGCGACCACGCGCAGCGUCAAGAAGGUUUAUCUCUGAGAAACGAGCGAGGAGGGGG